AUUAUCAAUUGCAUUUUGUAAAUUGUAAGUUUCUAAAUAAAACAAGAUCAGUAAUGAAUGUUUAGUGUUUAGCUGUGUACCAUAUUUCAUAAUAAGCAUUAAGCACUCCAAAAGCUACAUAAAGUUGAAUAACUCUUUAAAUUAACUUUCAUAGGAAUCUUUGUUUAUUGUUAUGGAGAUAACCUAUAGAUUGUUAAUCUUAUUUUGAAAGAUAUUCAAUUUCCUAUGAAAUGCUAUAUUGUUCUUGAGAUGUUUUUUAAUUUGUUGCUUUCUGCGUAUGUGCAUAAAUAAAGACAUAUAAGUUCAAUUAAACACAAAUUCUUUACUAAAAAAUAAAAAGUAAUUAAAAUUUGAUAGAAAUGUUUUGGAAAUAUAUUUAUACUACCCGAUACAUAAUGCAGGAGUUCGAAGACGCAGUGACUCAAAAGACAAGCGUGACAGUGUUUGUUGCUUUAUUUUAUCUAGAGAUGAUGUAUAUUUUGUUGAUGAUUCUUUCCGUUCUUAGCAGAUUGAAUCAAAACUUUUCUUGGCUAUAAGUGUGUCUUGCCACAGAUAGUAAACUGGUAUUAUAUAAAUCAAUCCAGUUUAUCUGGUUGUUAGUAGCUUCGCUGAGCCUAAAAAUAGGAGAGUGAUGAUACACACCUGUUUUCAACAAUUGAGUAGAAAAGUAUAAUUGUCCCAGGAGUUAUGUGUGAAACAAUUUAUUUAUGGAAAGAAACCCAUAGAGAUAUAAGAAUAGACAAUGAGGAAAUAACUAAGAGUCAGAUAGAUGGAGUAAGGUUUUUAUUUAAGGAGUUUAAAAAGAAAAACCUUGGAGUUAUUAUAAACUUUCCUCAAAAGUGUGGUAAAUCAACAACAGCUGCUUUCUUUGUGUAUGCAGUGAGAGACCUGUUGGAACAACCUGUGCUUAUAUUAUGCAAGGAUGUAGAACAAAUACAACAUUGGCAGCUGACUUUUAAUAAAUGGACUCAGUUCAAUGAUGAUGACAUAGCCGUGGAGCCUACAAAUGCAUUCGUUAAGAAGAAGAUCUUUAUUAAAUCUAUGACAAACAUUACAUCUUUCUGCAAAAGGAGUUGGAGUAUCGUUAUAGUGAAGGAUGAUGAUUACUUUAAUAUUCCGCUGAUGCCAAAUGCAGGUUUCAAAAUUUGGGUCACAUCUACCGAUGUAAAGAAAGACAGAAAAUUGUUGUCAUUCAUUCAUAAAUGGAUAUAUCCUAAAGAUGUUGUGAGUUUCGACGACUUUGAAGGCAAUUAUGAAAAGCAAAUUAUUUUCGAUACAUUCUUAGAAGAUUUUGUCUUAAGAUUGAAUAAAAUGCAACCAUAUGAGGUUUCGGAACAGAUGGGGAUUGUAGAAGAAAAUGUGCCAAUCAAGAGAAAGAAUAAAGAUAUAACUGGAAAGAAGAUAAAAAGGUCAAAAGUAGUGAUUAAGAAAGAAGAGCCCUCUAGAAAAUAUAAUGAAAUAACAGAUGAUAGCGCUCCUUCCUUCAUUGCCGAUAAGAAGUCUAAUGAUUUUAAUAUAGAUAAAGAUAUAGAUAAAAAAGCGCUAAUUAAUAAUUCCAGCAUAGAAAAUAAAAUCGAGAAUAAUUAUAAUGAAGAUACUGUAAGAAAUGUUUCGCCAAAUAUUUUCAGUACUAACUCAAUGAAUGAUCUUGAAAUAAAUAUACAAACUCAUAAUAAAAAAGAAAGGGAUAUGGCUGUUGUGGAGAUCGCUGAAGGAAAUGUACAUGAAAGUGGAGUAAUAGUAGAAGACACUCAACAGAGAGAGAGAAAGUGUGUAGAUUUAGAUACAACUAAUAAUAAUCAAAUAGAGUCUUUAGAAGUUGAUAGCGUAGAUAUAUUAGCAGAAAAUACAAUCCUACCAAAUCGUACUGUAAAAAAUUUGAAAAGUGAUAUAGAUGAUACACAUAUUGAAAAGCAUGAUACAAAUGAAUCUAAUUCAAUUGAAAAAGAUGAAAUUAGAAAUUCUAAAGCUAAUUUGGAUAAAAAAGUUCCAGUUCCAAAUAAUAGUAAAUCGACAUGUGACUUAGAUUCAAAGCUGAAUGAAUUUGAAGAGCAAGCUAUGAAAAAGUUCAAAGGUUCAUUUCUAGAUAAUUUAUUUUAGCUAAAGUUUAUUAUUAAGUAGAUUAAAUAUACAAAUUAAAAGUGAAGUAUAUUAAUGAAUUAUUCGAAUUUAAGAAAAUUAUUAGGUAACUUUAGCCAAAUUACCUUCGUUAUUUGGAAUGCUAACACCUAAAGGAACUUAUGAAGCUUUUUGAAGAAUUUGGAAUAAAACGUUAUAUAGUUAUGGAAUAACUCACGGUAUAUUCCAAUAAAUAAUUCCGAAAGUUUAUUGAAAUAAUUAUUGCCAAUAACACGACACGCGUUCCCUCGUAACGUAAGUGUGAGCGAGCCACAAUCGGAAAUACUAUUCUCUCGUUUUAAAAGUACACGUGUAAAUUUUGGCUGUAACUUGAAUACAAAAGAAGUUUUGUUUUAGUAUUUAUCUACACCCAUACUUUAAAUCCUCUAUUAAAGAUUCUAAACCAGUUAGCUUAUUGCCAACAUUAAAACACCCAAUGUCCUAAUAACCAUACAUCAUCCAAACGAGUGAUGUAAUUAAUUUCAGUACAACAUUACAACACUCGUUUCGAUGAUGUAAUAGUUAGUGGUUACUAGGACUGGCUUUUUUAAUGUUAGCAGAAAGCCAACUGUUGCAGAAUCUUUUAGAGGAUUCAUAUUAUGGUUGUAGAUAAAGUCUUGUAUGCAACUGUUGAUAAUUAUGUAUUAAAACACUCAUGUGAUACUAUUAUUACACUUAUCAACCCACAUUCGUGUUUUAAUACCGAAAUAACUACAGAGUUAUAGGAAUAUUGUAUAAAUAUUGUAUUUGUGUGCAAAACUUAAAAUGGAGUCUGUUGUAAGAUAUUGUUAAGUAGUGAGAUUAUUUUAUUUGUAGCAUUUUUUGUCAAAGAGACCGAAAUAAAAUCAGGUAUUGAAUUAUUGAGAUGAAUAUGUUCGUUGGCGAAUUUAUAUUGGUCUACGAAUAUUUUUAUUUGCUUUCCUGAUCAUUAUAUUCAGACUUUAGACUGCGUCUCAGCAAAAUGUUGCCAGCUUUAUAAUUUUAAUGAUAAUAAGAGACGAGACGAGCAGGACGUUUAGAUGAUGAUAAUUGAUACGCCCUGCCUAUUACAAUGUAGUGCCGCUUAGGAUUCUUGAAAAGUCCUAAAUCUCUGAACGGCACUAAAAUUGCGCUCGUCACCUUGAGACAUAAGAUGUUAAGUCUCAUUUGCCUCCUGUAAUUUCACUAGCUACGGCGCCCUUCAGAUCAUAACACAAUAAUGCUUACACAUUACUGGUUCACGGCAGAAAUAGGUGUGAAAAUAUAGUUUUACUAAACUUAAAUUUUUCGUGUAAAAUUAUUAAUAAUUUAUUAAAUUUAUAUCAUUAUUAUAUUAUAGCCUAUAGGUAUAUGAAUUAUUAUACUAAUCUGUAAAUAAAAUUUUACUGUGUAUAGAUCUUAUAGCGUAGGAUUUAAGAAUGAGUUGAAUUUUUUAAAUAAAUAAUGUGUGAUGAA